UUAAUCUACUCUAUACAACGAUACAAAACACACUCAGAGCUGGUUUCAUAGCAAAGUGUCAAGUUCCAAAGCACUAUUGUCAGCAUCAACAAUCUUACAUCACCCAUGCUCCCCUGCUCUCUCUCUCUCUCUCUACAAACAAAAAACACAACAUUUUUUCUCUCUCUAGAACCUGCCUGCAUCUUUCUCAGUCUCUGUUACUAACGAACAUUUUAUAGACCCCUUUUUGUUUGCAAAAAACACACACUAAAAGGUGUAAACUAUGUGUGCCACCUCAAACCUCGUGAAGAAAAAGAUCUGAGAUUUAAUGAUGGAAACGGGUCACUUGCAACUUUGCCUCUAAUUCAGAAUCGGAUCAUGACCAGAGUUGUUCGUGACCGCAUACUUAAAGAUGCAAAUGGUGAUAUUAGUGAUCAUCUACGCAACCAUAUCCAUUUGACAAAUUGUAUACACUUGAAAAACCAUAUGCACAAAAAUAGCCCUAUAAUCACUGAUAGGUCCCUUAUUCGGGACCUUGCUGUUCUUCAAAGGUCGCGAUCUUUAAGGGAUCCCUCUAUGAGUCCACCCCCAUUUCAGUCCCCUUCAGCCCAGGAGCAGCCACCAAAAGAUGCUGCUGGCGGCAGUGGUGGUGGAAGGCAGUCUAUUGGUUUAUCGGGUAACUUAUCAUCAAAUUUGGGAACGGGUGAUGUAACCCGUAGAAGAAAUAAGAAAGAAGAAUCGAGUGGAAGGAGUUUUAAGGAUGAUUCUCCAUUAGACGCUGCCAAUCUGGCUCGUGAUAUUUAUCCUGGAAGUUCCGAUAGCAAAAGUAAACAAAAAGGGCGGAAAAGUAAGCAAGAUGAUCAUGUGAAGACUCUUUCUCAACAGUUGAACGAUGUCCCACAUGAUAGUGACAAUGUAGCUUCGUCACAUAAUCAUUUCCAUGGUAGUAUGGAGGUAGAAUCCAGUCUUCAUGGCCAUGGUCUUAAUAGGGUCAAAAGGCGAAAAUUUAAAGGCGGAAGACGAGUUUCUCGGGUAGUCAAAAAUGAAACUUCCAUGGCUUCUAAUUUCGUAGAUCAUGGUGCAUCACACUCUAAGCAUCAUACUGAAUAUGGUGGUGAACAGAAUGUGACAGGGGGUCCAAAAAAUGGUUGUGGGAUUCCAUUUAAUUGGUCAAGAAUUCACGAUCGUGGAAAGUCAUUUCUUGAUAUAGCAGGAAGAAGUCUCUCGUGUGGAUUAUCAGACUCGAGAUCAAAGAGAGAUGGCCAACGGGACUCUAGUCAGAUACCCAUUAUCUCUGAUCACUCUACUUCAUCUACCAAUGGUGAAUCAUUACCUUUGUUAAUGGAUGGUUCUCAAGAAAGUCGAGAAAAUCCUGCUGCAUGGGUGCAUGACUAUUCUGGUGAAUUAGGUCUUUAUGCCGAUAACCUUUUAAAUAGUGAAAUCGACUCGGAUCUUGCUUCUGAAGCUCGAUCCGGUCAUCAAAGACGAUUUCGUGAUAAUACUCGGCACCAGAAUUUCACUCAAAAGUACAUGCCUAGGACGUUUCGAGAUUUAGUUGGACAAAAUUUGGCAGUCCAAGCUCUCUCAAAUGCUAUAGCCAAAAAGAAAGUAGGUUUGCUCUAUGUAUUUUACGGGCCUCAUGGCACUGGUAAGACCUCAUGUGCACGUAUAUUUGCUCGAGCUCUAACCUGUCAAUCAUUAGAUCAUCCAAAACCAUGUGGGUACUGCAAUUCAUGUGUAGCACAUGAUAGGGGAAAGAAUAGGAGCGUUCGUGAAGUGGGUCCUGCGAAUAAUCUCGGGUACAAACGUCUUAUGGAAGUUAUAGAACAUAUGGUUGUUUCUCAGCUACCGUCACAGUAUCGAGUGAUCAUAAUCGAUGAUUGUGAUACUUUGCCUCCCGAUUGUUGGAGUGCUAUAUCUAAGGUUAUUGAUCGAGCUCCCAGGCGUAUGGUUUUUCUACUAGUCAAUUCAAGUCUUGAUGUUUUGCCGCAUAUAAUAAUUUCCAGGUGUCAAAAGUUCUUCUUCCCAAAGUUGAAAGAUGCGGACAUUAUCUAUACGUUACAAUGGAUUGCAACAAAAGAGGAAUUUGAAAUUGAUAAAGAUGCAUUGAAGCUUAUAGCUUCAAGAUCUGAUGGAUCUUUAAGGGAUGCGGAAAUGACGCUCGAGCAGCUGAGUCUACUUGGGCAAAGAAUAUCUGUACCACUUGUUCAAGAACUGGUUGGACUUAUAUCUGAUGACAAAUUGGUUGACCUACUCGAUUUAGCAUUAUCAGCAGAUACAGUGAAUACCGUGAAGCAUUUGAGAGAAAUUAUGGAGUUGGGUGUUGAGCCAUUAGCUUUAAUGUCACAACUUGCAACUGUAAUAACCGAUAUUCUUGCGGGUAGUUAUAAAUUCUUUAAAGAAAGGCCAAGAAGGAAGUUCUUUAAACGACAAGCUUUAUCUAAAGAAGAUAUGGAGAAGCUGCGGUUGGCACUAAAGACAUUGUCUGAAGCAGAAAAGCAGCUCCGAAUGUCAAAUGAUAAGUUGACAUGGUUGACGGCUGCUUUAUUGCAGCUUGCUCCUGAUCAGCAGUAUGUGUUACCCACAUCUUCUGUGGAUACAAACAUUUAUCACAGUCCACCUGGGUUAAAUAAUGACGGAGUAAGAGACAGGGCCCGGAAAAGUAAUUUUGAGCAUGGUGAGAUGUUUGCAACUCAAAGGGGUCCCAUGAAAAAUAAUGAAAGUUCUAGUGGGAUUCAUAUGAAAAGGAAAGAAGAUAUAUAUCGGCAAGAAAUUGAAGAAAUUUGGUUGGAGGUGCUAGAGAAUAUUCAAAUAAACAGCAUAAAAGAGUUCUUGUAUCACGAAGGAAGGAUGACAGGACUCAGUUUUGGUGCAGCUCCCACUGUUCAGCUUAUUUUCACUUCACAUGUGACAAAAGCUAAGGCAGAGAAAUUCAAAACACAUAUUCUGAAAGCUUUUGAGCAUGUUCUUGGAUCACCUGUUACAAUUGAAAUCAGAAGUGAAUCUCGGAAAGAAGUAAGUUCAACUCAUGAAGAUUCAUAUGCAAAACGAAGAAGUGAGAUAAUUGAGAUAGAGGCUUCUCCCAGAGAACCAAAAACUAAGUUGCAUAUAGAUAUUAAUAAUGAUAAUGAUAAAAUAGAAGCAGCCCCAUCUCAUAAAAGUUCAAGUGUCGGUUUCCCAAGGAGAUUAGGGGAACAAAAUCAUUCAAUGAGUAUAGUUAGAGGUAAAGUUUCUCUUGCAAGUGUAAUUCAGCAGGCAGAAUCUCAGCGAAAUGGUUGGUCAGCACGCAAAGCUGUUUCAAUUGCAGAGAAGCUUGAACAAGAAAAUCUGAGAUUGGAACCGAGAUCCAGAAGCUUGUUGUGCUGGAAGGCAUCUAGAGUUGCCCGACGGAAGAUUUCUCGAUUAAAAUUUAGACCGAGAAAACCACGGGCUUUGCUGAGAUACGUGUCCUGUGGGAGGUGUCUUUCAACUAGAUCACCCAGGUAAUACCAAAAUUUGUAGCACGGGUUAAUCUUCAUUUUUAAGCAUCUAUUAAUUAGUUAAUUAGUUUUUUCUUUUUCCCCAAUAAAAGUGAAUUCCAAGAACAGUGGAAAAGGGCAAAUGUGCAUUUCUUAUAUUUUUUUUUUUUCUAGAUUUAAGUUCUUUGUAGACCUUAUGUAGUUGUAAACAUUUGUAAUGUAAUUCUUUUCUUCAAUUGUAUUCUUUAUAGAACAUAUUCCCAAAAGAUAUGGCUAAAAACUUGUCUACCUUAUUUCAGUUGACAUGUUGAUUAUUCAUUUUCUCUUUUGUCAUCAA